AUGAGUCAGCCACCCUUCCUGCCCUGGGCUCUGCCCUAUCACAGGGAACCACCAGAUCCUCGCCGGGAGGGCUACGAGCACACGCAGCUGCAAGCACAAGCGCACACACACACGCCCGUGUACACACACAGGCACGCGCUCGAACACACACACACAGACACGCAUCAAACAUCAUGUAAAGGCGAAGGUGAGGACAGAGCAGAGUACAGAGACUAUAUGCAAAGAUGCAGUAACUAUGGAAAGUGCUCUGAAGAACCGGAAUCGUCAAAUACGAGGGAGGAAGCAGUCUCAAGCAGCGCUGAACCCUGGGGAGACAGGAUUGUAAGCAGUUCCCACUGCAGCCUGGGCACAUCAAGGACUGAUGCUGCGUCUCCUCACCAACACGUGACAACCACGCACGGAGGAGGGCGCAGAGGCGCUCUCCAGCUGUGGCAAUUCCUUGUAUCCCUCCUAGCUGAGGGCGCUAGAUGUGUCGCCUGGACGGGGAGAGGACUGGAGUUCAAAUUACACGAACCAGAGGAGGUGGCCCGACGAUGGGGCGCUCAGAAGAACCGACCAGCCAUGAACUACGAUAAGCUUUCACGUUCGCUUCGAUACUACUAUGAGAAGGGUAUCAUGCAGAAAGUCGCCGGUGAACGCUACGUAUACAAAUUCGUCUGUGACCCAGAGGCCCUGUUCAGUAUGGCUCGUCCCCCCACCUAUGACGUCAUAUCCCAGCUCUACUACCCCCCCUACAUACCCGGCAGCGCCCCCCCAGCAUCCACUACAACCCUCCCCAGCACCAGUGACUACCAGCGACGCUACUACCCGGACGCUCAUUAUGAAUCCUAA